CGGUGGCUCGGAAGGUUUAGCCGCUGUUCGCGCCGCGCUCGAACCCUCGGUGCCUAGUCCAAACCGUCGGCGCGAGAGGCGCCCCAGGGCGCGGGAGUUCAGCCUCUGAGUCUGUAGGAGAAUCGGUCCCCGCCACUCUCUCAGAUGAAAAGUUGAAAGAUUAGGAGCUGAAUCUAAUAUUAAAUAAUGGCAACAGGUGACUUAAGGAGAAGCUUGCGGAAGCUACAACAAGUGCUUCGUUCGAUAAAUUACCCUAACGAAGUGGAUUAUAUUGGUUUGAUGAAGGGAGAAACAGCAGCAUUUUUGCCCAUCAUCAGCUAUUCUUUUACCUCAUAUUCCCCUUAUGUAUCAGAACUUUUGAUGGAAUCCAAUGUGGAGCUCUUAGCAAAGAAUGAUGUGCGCUUUACAGAUACCAUCUAUAAGCUUCUUCGUGAUCAAUUUGAUUAUAAACCAGUUUUGACAAAAAAGCAGUUCAUACAGUCUGGAUUUGCUGAGUGGAAAAUCCAAAUUGUCUGUGAUAUAUUGAAUUGUGUGAUGAAAAAGCACAAGGAAUUGAUUGCCGUUGAAAAGAAUCUGUCAUGCCAAAGAAAGAAGAACAUCUCGGAAGAGCCGGAGGCUUGUUCGAACAAGGAGAAAACCCCUGCCGAGGCUGUUGGCUUUGAUAUCACUGGCAGGUUUAUGACUUCAGGAAAGAAGAAAGCUGUGGUGAUCCGACACCUGUACACUGAAGACAGUGUCAACGUUCCUGAAGGGACAGUAAUUUCCACAGAAGUGAGUGAUGGGUGUGAUGAGUCAGAAGAGAAGACUUGUGAAGUAAUGACACCUGAAGAACAUAUCUCGGAAGUCAGGGCUGAGCUGCAAGCUAUCUGUAAUAAUCCUCAGAUUACUGAACUUCAGAUCACACUGGCUGAAUGUCAAGAAAAGCUUAAGAAGCUGACUUGGCUAGAGAAAAGAGUGGAGUGUUUGGAAGCUGCAGUAAAAGGGAAAGUGAUGGUUGAUGAAAAGGCCUGGAAUAACCUUCUAAGUCGAGUCACUCUUCUUGAAACAGAGAUGCUUUUGGCUAAGAAGAAUAUUCAUUCUGAAGAGAAUAAUGCAGCAUGUGAAGACUAUGAUUCUGUUAGUGGCAUGGAUAUUAUACCCUAUGAUAAAAAAGACAGUGUUGGGGAACCAGCAAGUACGUCUCGGUUGUCUAGCUGUCCUACAGUUUCAUCAGAGUCAACACCCUGGAGCUCCACUAUUCAUUACUGUAGCUUCAAGGAUUUUUCAGAGGAAACAACAAUCCGGAAAAUGGAAAGGAUGGAAAAAAUGUGUCAGCAGAUUGUUCUUCCCUGGAAGCCGUCAUGCAUUUCUCUUACGCCGAGAAGCCUGGAAACUACUGUGAGUGGGUCUGAAUAAGAGCAUGCAGGAAUACUGUACGGAAUGUGUAAGAACCUUACCAGUGAAGUUAUUCAACUCAUCAUGCCCCUUGCUCUGGUUCCUUCUGUGUUGCGAUCUGUCAUCAGAUCUGUGCUUUCCUUUUCUUCUUGUACUCCAGAAUUUUGACUGAAAGACCAAC